CCCUCUCAACAGGUGCAUUCCAGAGGCCCACCUUGGCAGCUAGAGGAGAGGAGAGGUUGGCCUCCGUCACCAUGACAGUGUUGCCACGGGCCGUGGCUUCCCUUGCUGUGCCUGGCCUUAUCCUCUGUUUCAUCACUCUUCCAUUUCCUGCUGUAGUAUCCCAGAGGCCCCCUCUCCCCACAGAACCCUCCCCCACCCCAGCACCCCACACAAGGCCGGAGUGUACCCGCCUAGAGCACCCCGUCAUCUCUAUUCAAGCUCUAAGUCCUUUGAUCUCCAGUUUCUCCCAUCCUGGUGUAAGGGACUACUCUCAGCUGACCCUUGACCUCACCAGGAAUGAACUUAUAGUGGGAGCAAGAAACUACCUCUUCAGACUGAAUCUAAACAACAUUUCACUAAUUCAGGCAACGGAAUGGGGCCCAGACGAAGACACCAGGAGGUCCUGUCAAAGCAAAGGGAAGACGGAGGUGGAGUGUCAAAACUACAUCCGGGUGUUGCUUGUCAACAAGACAGAGGUGAUCACCUGCGGUACCAAUGCCUUCCAGCCCCUUUGCAUCACCAGAGAGGCAGGGAACAUGAGCAGAGUGUUGGAGAGGGUGAACGGAGUGGCCCGCUGCCCCUAUGACCCACGUCAUAAUUCGACGGCUGUGGUGACCGAAAGCGGAGAGUUGUACGCUGCCACAGUCAUCGAUUUCUCCGGCCGGGACCCUGUCAUCUACCGCAGCCUGGGAGGAAUGCCGCCUCUGCGGACCGCCCAGUACAACUCCAAAUGGCUUAAUGAGCCUCACUUCAUCUCGGCUUAUGAUGUGGGUCUUUUCACCUUCUUCUUCUUGAGGGAAAACGCUGUGGAACACGACUGCGGUAAGACGGUGUACUCGCGGGUGGCGCGGGUGUGUAAGAACGACAUAGGAGGUCGCUUCUUGCUGGAAGACACGUGGACCACCUUCACAAAGGCCCGACUUAACUGCUCACGGUCGGGAGAGAUCCCGUUCUACUACAAUGAACUACAGAGCACCUUCUACCUGCCCGAACAGGAUCUCAUCUAUGGCAUCUUCACCACCAACGUGAACAGCAUUGCUGCCUCUGCAGUUUGCGCAUACAACCUCAGCGCAGUCACGCAGGCUUUCAACGGGCCCUUUCGCUCCCAGGAGAACCCUCGCUCCACGUGGCUGCCCACCCCGAACCCAAUCCCUAAUUUCCAGUGUGGGACCAUAGAGGAAGAAGGGCCUAAUGAAGGACUGACUGAACGCAGUCUGCAGGACGCCCAGAGGCUCUACCUCAUGAAUGACGUGGUUCAGCCCGUUUCUGUGGACCCGCUGGUUUGGCAGGAUGACGUGCGGUUCUCUAAAUUGGUUGUUGACAUUGUACAGGGGCAGGAUACUUUGCACCAUGUCAUGUACAUAGGCACAGAGUAUGGAACUAUUCUUAAGGCCCUGGCAACCACUAAUAAGAGCCUGCAAGGUUGCUACUUGGAGGAGAUGCAGCUCUUCCCUCCUGGUCUGCGGGAGCCAAUCCUGAGCCUUCAGAUUCUCCAUGGCGACAGGACUCUUUUUGUGGGCCUGAAUGACAAAGUGCUGAAGAUCCCUCUGGCGAGGUGUUCCAGCUACAAAACAGAAUUGAUGUGCUUGGAUGCUAGAGACCCUUACUGUGGCUGGGACCGAAAGCAGCGCCGUUGCACCACCAUAGAGGACAGCUCUAACAUGAGCCAGUGGUUCCAGAACAUCACUGCCUGUCCGCUGAGGAACCAAACCACAGAUGGCGCAUACGGGCCCUGGGCUCCAUGGCAACCCUGUAGCCACGAUGACGGCGAAGGCACCAGCACGUGUCUUUGCCGAUCACGGGCUUGCGACAGUCCGCCCGCUCGCUGUGGAGGUAAAAACUGCGAGGGUCCCACCAUUGAGGUGUCCAACUGUUCAAGGAAUGGAGGUUGGACACCCUGGUCGUCCUGGGGCCAGUGCAGCACAAGCUGUGAGAUUGGGUUUGAAGUCCGCCAGCGAUCCUGUAACAACCCUUCACCCAGGCAUGGCGGCCGAGUGUGUGUGGGGCAAAGCAGAGAACAGAGAUUCUGCAAUGAGAAGGUGUCGUGCCCUCAGCCCAUCUUCUGGUCAUCAUGGUCGCCCUGGUCCAAGUGCAGCUCAGAGUGUGGAGGAGGGGUGCACUCUCGCUCCAGGAACUGUGAGAAUGGAAAUAGCUGUCCAGGAUGUGCGCUGGAGUACCAGGCAUGCAAUCUGGAGUCCUGUCCGGAGGUGCGCCGAAACACCCCAUGGACCCCUUGGGUCCCAGUGAACAUAACGCAGGGAGGGGCACGGCAGGAGCAAAGAGUACGCUACAUCUGCCGGGCACAGCUGGCUGACCCUCAUGAGCUUCAACUGGGCAAGCGGAAAGUGGAGACACGCUUCUGCCCCAAUGAUGGGACGGUAACCUGCGAAACAGACUCUCUCGUUGAGGAGCUUCUCAAGACGCCUGGUGUACGACUGACAGGCUCCGGCUGGUCAUCAUGGGAGAUGUGGUCAGCUUGCACUCAGGAGUGUGCCAAAGGCUACCGCACUCGAAAACGCACCUGCACCAGCGCAGAGAGCAAAAGCGUUCCCACCGCCUGCCGAGGAUCUCCAGUAGAAUAUCAGGACUGCAAUCUUCAGGCUUGUCCAGGUUUAACAGUCUUCUUGGGCUCAAACAAACAGCCAUGUUUUGAAAGUGCGAAUCCUUCACAGUGCAAAUUAUCUGACCAAUCACCCUGGAAGUUCCAAACAGAUGGUUUUGUGUGUUUCUUUAGACGUAUUGACAGCUACUUGCCAAUGCAUUGUCCACUCUAAACUCUCUCUGAGUGUGACAAAUGAACGACACACACAGUAUUUGCUAUGCUGUUUUCCACUCAGGCAGAAAGGGAAAAUAGGAUUGAAAUAACAAAGCGGAAGGAAAGGGAGUAGGGCACAUGGAUUCAGACACAACCAUUUUAAUCAUUCUUUUGACCUCAGACAUGCACUCCUUCAGUGUUGCGGGGUUGCUGGACUCACUGUGAUUGCAGUCGGUCGGCCUUUACACUUCAGUCGUGCCCCAGUACACACAUGCUAAUCCACUGAGGUUAAACAGUGCUUUCCAGUGCAGAGAGAAGGAGCCACCCAUAACCUUCUCCUCCAUCAGUCUGAUGAGACGUCAAGAGGAUGGUGGCAGGGCCUGUUAAAGUGAGAAGAAACUGCACAACAAAAGUGCUUCUAUCCUGGUCAGUGCUGGAAAAUACAGUUUAUGGUGAUAGCUGUGGAACAUGAUAGCUGGUUUCUAGCUACUAGAUAAUCUACAAACAAGUUGGUUAUACUAGCUUCAGGUGGUCAAGCUGGUCUAUGGUGACUAUCUUGGACCAGCUAGAUAUCAGUCGCCACCUUAAUCUAGAUUUAACAACAGGAUAAAGAAUGAAAUGGAGGUGAACAGCUGGUGUUCAUUGUAACAAGAAGUCUCAAGUGUUUGGUGAGGAGCUUUGUGGGUCAAAUAAAGCAGUUUGAACUUCCAUUCUGCCCUGAACCUUGAAUAUCCGGAUAACCAUAACAUCCCAUAACAGAUGCUUGCCUUGUCCGCCUUGUGGGAAUUUCCAAUGAUGUCCAUUUUUUUAUUGUUUUGUGUUUGCCUGUUUGAUCGAUGCUUUUUUAUGUUUGUGUUCGGUACAUUUUGUUUGCAUCCUCCGCUCAGUCUUUCUUGUUUGCGCUGCAUUUGCAUCCGCUUAUCUGAUGCUUGGAUGAUUGUGUCCCCGUCCUUGCCUGAUUGUUUUGUGUUUGUCUUUGUAUGUUGUAUUUGUUUGUACAUGUUUGGUCUGUGCAGUUAAAGGCGCCUGGUCUUGCUGGUCAUCAUGGUCGCAGUGUUCGGUGCCCUGUGGAGGUGGGCACUAUCAACGAACGCGCACAUGCACUAGCCCUGCCCCUGCCAAUGGAGGGGACAUCUGCAUCGGGUUGCACACAGA